CUUUUGGGCGCGGCUUCUGAGUUCCAGCAGUUUGAGCGCCCCAGGGGGCGUGAGUCACUCAACAGAGUGCGGAGCCAGGAGCAAGUCGCUAAGAUCUCAGCUACUCCUCAUCACUCUCCAGUUGGUGGCGUAUCCGCGCGUCUUACGCGGAGCCCAUGCUGCUUCCUUUUUUCAUCGGCCCUCCCGCGGGGAUACCAACAAACUUUUGGCACCUCUUGCCCCUCAUGCUGGCGCUUUUUGUUUCGUGUUUUGAGUUGUUUUUGCUGGUUCUGCCACAAAGAUUCUUGGCGCCCCCCUUCUUGUGUGGAACCCUAAAAGACCAUGACAACACUUCUGUGGACCUUCUACAGUAUGGACUUAAUGCGCAGGAACCAGAUGUCUCUGCCCGGCUACUGCCUGAACGGCGCGCUCCACGCUAAUGGAGCUCCUUCCAGCUCUAGCUUCAUGCCUGGCUUCAUCCCACCACCUUCAUCCAGUAACCCCCAAAUGCUCCAGCACCUGCCUCCCAGAGCCUUCAGCAGCCCCCCCAACUUUCCGACCGGGACUAACAGCCGCCGCCGUAAUGGCCAGUUGGGGGCAACCGGCACAGCGCUCCGGGAGCCCUCAGGCGCCUACGCUGUGCGGCAGUUCCACCCAGCGAACAGACAGCAUAGCCUGCAGCAGCGGCUGCCUCCGCAGCAGAAGGCGAGUAGCUCUAGCUCCACGGUCACUUCGGAGCGCUACAAGACCGAGCUGUGUCGGCCCUUUGAAGAAAGCGGCACUUGCAGGUAUGGCCACAAGUGCCAGUUCGCACAUGGCUCCCGAGAGCUGCGUACCCUGUCAAGGCACCCCAAGUACAAGACGGAGCCUUGUCGCACCUUCCACAGCAGUGGCUUCUGCCCCUAUGGCACUCGCUGCCACUUCAUCCAUAACGGGAGUGGGCGACAAAUUGUGCCUUCCGAGAGCCCUUCCGAGAGCUCUUCCGGGGAGCCGUGCUCCGCCGAUGACUUCAACAGGGAGUCAGAGCCGGGAUCGCAGACCCCAGAGCCGGGAUCGCAGACCCCAGAGCCGGGAUCGCAGACCCCAGAGCCGGGAUCGCAGACCGUCAGCUCUGUCAACUCUUCGGGUUUACCAUCCCGUCAAGACCAACUUCUUGAGGCGCCUCCGCUGCUCAACGACCAGAUAGUGAGCUCAGGUCCUGUGCCGCACUUGGGCCUCCAACCGCCAGACGCCCAGUCCGAGACACUAGAGAUUGACAUGCUCAUCAGCAGCCUGGAUUCCCUGUUGGGCACCAACAGCUUCGACAGCCUUCUGAGUUACUCUAGCUCCAGCAGCCUGAGUGGCUCUGCAACUCCCAGAACCAAUCCCAGCCGUCGUCUGCCCAUCUUCAGUCGCCUCUCAGACUCUGAUAAAUGAGGCAAAAAAAAAAAAAAAGGCGCCAGUGAUGAGGGAGAGA